AUGAUUGGAAAGGAGGUAGACAAAUACACAGCUCGUUUUCAUGAGCUUGCCAAGUUAGUACCUCAUAUGGUCACUCCAGAGGAGAAACGAAUUGAUCAGUACAUCUGGGGAUUGGCACCUGAAAUCCGAGGGAUGGUCACUUCAGCAAACCCAACCACUAUACAAAAAGCGGUGGUGUUGGCAAAUCGUCUGACAAAUGAUGCAGUUAGAUCAGGGAUUUUAAAGCAAGACAAAUUAGGUGGAAAGAGGAAACUAGAGGGGCAAUCGUGGAAAAGGACCAACAACGACUUAGGCAAAAACCAAAAAGUGAUAAGAAACUUUGGGGCUCAGUCUCAAAUAGGAGAAAAGGGCAAGGGGACUUACCCUAAAUGUGGCAAGUGCAAUUAUCACCAUAGCGGGAGAUGCAUUAUUUGUUUCAAAUGCAAUAAAGGAGGUCAUUUCGCUAAAGAUUACAAGAUCAGAGAGAAUCAAUCAUGCCAUGAGUGCGGAAGCCCAAAUCACUUCAGGAAUAAGUGCCCAAGGAUAAUUAGAAGAUCGAGCAUCAACAAUGCCGGAAACCAGGAAAGGCAAACCAGUCAGGGAGAUCGAGGAGGCCAGGCUCGGGGAAGGGCAUUUGCAAUGGGAGCCGAAGAGGCACGUCAAGAGCCUAAUGUUGUGACAG